AUGCGUGCUCGUCUCCGACCGUGGUGUUUUCUUUCACGAAGCAUAUCCACUCAAACGGAACCGAUCUUGCGACGAUUUGCAGACAAAUACCACAGAAGCACGUUCCGGAGUCUUGAAACCGAAUACAAACGCUAUAGAAAGAACCGUGUCUGGAUUCUACGUCCGUCUGUUGACCACUUUUUGAUCUGGCUCCGAAGGAAGAACGAAGGGAAUCUUGAUGAGACAAAAAUCGGGCUACCGAGCGGCAAGCGGCCAAUAAAUAAUGAUAUAUAUGCUGAGGGUGCGAUGUUCCAUGUUUUAGCGUGUUUGUACGGCUCUGAGGACGUUAAAUGGCUUCAGCGCCAAACAGCAUACUUUCAGAAAUUUCAAGCACUUAAGAAGCGGCUGAGGCGUCAGUGUGUGAAAUUUGAUUCAAAAGAUUGCAUAGAAUUUGCCAGAAAAGCAGGAUUCACUGUAUCAGAUGCCUCAGGUCCACUCUUAUUGGAUGCUCUCAGCAGCUUAUCGCAGGCGGUACAGCUGCAGCCCAACUUAGACCAUUUUUUGCCAUGGAUCCGCUCUUUGAAGGCUGAAAACGUGACGGGUGCCUGUUUGGCCCUCUCCAACUUGCUAGAUAUCCCGGCCUUUGUUAGUGCUGACAUUCUCUUACGUACUCCUCUCACCACUCAAGAGCUACGACUCCAAUUGGAUCUUUGGCAGAGUCAAAUGGCAUCCAUUGCUGUAGCCUACUUUCACCAGCCCUCGCACGUGCGCAAUAUUCUUGACAAUAUCUUGUUCUACACCGUCCAUUUCGAUCUGGCGCUGUUGGCUCCCCUUGUAAAUAGCACCCUUUCCCUUCUCACAUCCACUAGCCUUGGAUACAAAUUUCUGGUGUUGACACCGUCAUAUCUCAACUCUGUUAUUUACAACAUGGCAACUUUUGCUCUUCGUCACGGGCACGACGGUGGGAGAUCCCAUGACCUAUAUUCACUUGGACCAACUGAGACUUUACCUCCAGCCGUCAACACACCUGACAAUUUGAGCAGUUCUAGCUUUGGUGGUGUUGUAGGUGCUCAAGAAAAUAUCACCAAAUACCUAGUCGGACAACAUGGCUUGACUCAGAGAGGAUAUAUGGGUAUUGUAGUAGCCGUGGCCAACGAGAACACAGCCAAGGCCAAAAAACUUUUUGAAAUCGCACAGAAACAUCACCCAGAACAUACCACUGAAUUUCAUUUUGUUAACAUUUACCUAGCGACAACUCCUGAGCUACUCUUUCAAGCAUUCAACAUUGCAGCGGCGCAGUAUCCUGCGCUGGCAUCUUUGUGGUACAUUUUUGCGCGAAAGCUUCUGGGUUUUCAUCUCUUGACCGAAAAGAGGAGUCAGAAGCUUCUUCGUGAAGUCCUUAGCCGCAAAGAUAAACUUCUCAUUUCAAAGGAUUUAAUCCUUCUUCUCUUGGGUCCAAUUGAUACUGUGAGUGGAAUCGAGAAAUUCAUUGCUACUCUCAAGGAAUAUGAUCUUUUUGUGAGCUUUGAAGUUUCUAUCAUGAAAAAAUACAUGGCCCUUUUAUUCAAAUAUGGACUGGAUGUGAGUAUUCACAAGCCCCACAUGGACCGCAUUUAUCGCAACUCCUCCAACAUAGCAUGUGCGCGGUAUUUGUACUCUAUAAGUACUUGGAAGACCACUUCAUGUAUCAGUAUAAUGCUCAAUGGUGAGGUAGACCACCAACCUGAAAACUUGUACAAGCUCUACCGUCAAGAAUUGACUUCGCUUAGUAGAGGUCAAUGCAAGGCGGGAAUCUUAGAUGAAAAUUUUCAAAGAGACGAGAUAUUUGAUCCUUUCUGCUCCCCACUGAGCCAACUACCUGUUCUUCCGAGUGAGGGCUGUCUCGUGGCACUUCUUAGAGCAAGCACAAAAGCUACCGGAGCGCUGCUUCGGUGGGGAAAGCUUUUUGCUCUGCAAGUGGCUGUGCAUGAGUUCAAGAAGUAUGUCUGUACUAGUGCGUCACAUCCAAACACUCCAUGCAUUUAUCCGUCUAACAAACUGUGGUGCAUAUAUCUUUAUGCUCUACACCACGCUGGAUACAUUUUAGAACUCGCAGACGUGAUAAGAUGGUGGGAGUCUAUCCGUUUCAUACCCGAACAGGAAACACUUACUGUCUUAUUGCUGAUGCUUCCAGCGGAGGUCUCAGAAAGACACAUUCAACAUGCCAUGGCUGUAUCUGCCGGGGAUAACCCCUGGCCAUGGCCAUCCGUAGAGAAAGUCAAGAGUUACCAGAAGCAGCAGGCCAUUCUAUUUAAAAGUCAGGCCUAA